AUGGACGGCGAAGCCCAGGGUGCCUCUCUGCUGCAGCCGGGGGCCCCCCCGUCCGCAGCAGCAGCAGCAGCAGCAGCAGAGGGUGCCCCCAGCGCAGCAGCAGCAGCAGGGGUCGGCUGCUGCCCCGCUGCUGCUGCUGCUGCUGCUGCCUCCCCCGAUCUCUUCCCAGCGGCCAAGGGGGCCCCUGGGGCCCCCAGUUCUUGUGCAGCAGAAGCCUCUUCGGGGGCCCCCGAGUGUGGGGCCCCCCUGGGGGCCCCCCUUCCACCGUUAACGGGGGCCCCCCAGCUGGAGGGGGCCCCCCCCCUGGAGGGGGGGCCCCCCGGGGCCCCCCCCACCCCUGGGGCCCCCCAGGGGCCCCCCAAGGGGGCCCCCCAGGAGGCCCCCCAGGGGCCCCCCGAGGAGGCCCCCCAGGGGGCCCCUCAGGGGGCCCCCCAGGGGGCCCCCCAGGGGGCCCCCCAGGGGCCCCCCGAGGGGCCCCCCGAGGGGGCCCCCCAGGGGCCCCCCGAGGGGCCCCCUGAGGGGCCCUUUGAUGAGGAGCUGGCGGUGCUGCCAGGGGCGAGCGCGGAGGAGCGGGCUGCUGCAGCAGCAGAGGAGCGCGCAGCAGCAGCAGCAGCAGCAAGGUGGCCGCAGCCGGGGCCGCUGCAGUUUCGUUUGGAAGCAGCAGAUGGCAGAGCAAGAGCUGGUUUGCUGCUGCUGCCGCGCUGCAGUGUACGUACACCUCUCUUCAUGCCUGUGGGCACCAACGGGGCCCUCAAGGGGCUGCAUGCGCCUUUGCUGCAGCUCAUCGACAAAGAAAUGCGCGCUGCUGCUGCUGCUGCUGCUGCUGCUGCUGCUGCUGCUGCUGCUGCUGCUGCGGGGGGGGAGGGUGGCGCGGCCCCCGCGGGCGAGGCGCUGCAGUCGUCCCCCGCAGCAGCAGCAGCAGCAGCAGCGGACUGCCCCGCAGCAGCAGCAGCAGCGGACUGCCCCGCAGCAGCAGCAGCAGCAGCAGCGGACUGCCCCGCAGCAGCAGCAGCAGCAGCAGCAGCAGCAGCAGGAGGGGAAGCUGCCUCGGGGCGCCCAGAGGCAUCGGCGGCAUCCCCGGAAGCGGGAAAAGCAGCAGCAGCAUCAGCAGCAGCAGCAGCAGCAGCAGCAGCAGCAGCAAGCCUUCCUGCUGCUCCGAAAUGGUUCAGCAAUUUGAUUUUGGGAAAUACUUUUCAUCUUUUCCGACAAGUGGGGGGCCCCCGCAUGCAGCUCGUGGGCAAGGGCCUCCACAGGUUCAUGGGCUGGGGGGGGGCCCUCUUGACGGACAGCGGGGGAUUUCAGUUGGUGUCUUUGAACAAAAUAGUUCGAGUUUUCGAACAAGGAGUCAGCUUUGCUUACCAGCAGCAGCAGCAGCAGCAGCAGCAGCAGCAGCAGCAGCAGCAGCAGCAGCAGCAGCGGCAGCGGCGGCGGCGGCAGCCGCAGCGCCGAAAACGCCGCGCCGAGACGAGCUCUGCAGACCCCGACACGGACACCCAGCAGCAGCUGCAGCAGCAGCAGCAGCAGCAGCAGCAGCAGCAGCAGCAGCAGCAGCAGCAGCGGGGGAAGAGGCUCCGCGAGGAGGAGGAGGGGGAGACGCAGCUUAUUCUCCUCACGCCCGAAGACUCCAUUGCCAUGCAGGUCAGGUCUUGCCGCUGCUGCUGCUGCUGCUGCUGCUGCUGCUGCUGCUGCUGCUGCUGCUGGAGAGAGAGCCACAGCAGAAGGCAGGUAGCCAGAGUUGAAGACACUCGACACUCUACAAACAGCAGCAGCAGCAGCAGCAGCAGCAGCAGGGUAAUUGAUUAG